CUCAGUUGUUCAACUUGCUACACAAACCUGGGUUUUCUUUUAAAGCAGAUAUUCUUCUCCUUUGUACAGGCCCUAAGUCCUUGCCCUCUUUCCAUUCAUUCUUUGAUUUUUGGAUGGUAGAAACGUGUCGUUCUUUCAUGCACUUUCCUCUUCUUCCUCUCUCUCAGAGCGCAACUGUGCGUUCGCUAAACGCGUUGUCCUCCUUUGGUUCCUGCAAACAAGCCUGGUAUUAUCGCUGCCUAGGCCUUGACCCCUGAACCCCCCACACCUCUCUCACACACUUUCUUUCCCUCUUCGAAACUCUGCAUAUAUAUAUAUAUAUAUAUAUUGUUUGGUUCCAUUUGGAUAAUCGAAAACCAGUGAAAGUUAGAAUUCAAACAGAAAAAAGAAAAAAGAAAGAGAUGAAGAGCAACGUUGUUACUGAGAAAAUGGUGCAGCAGAAUCAAAAGAAGAAUAAUGAUAGCCUAAACGUGAAGAAGAAUAAUAAUAGUCCAAAGGCGAAGGGUGUGAAAGGUAAUAGAUUCUUGAUUACAGUCAAUGUUCUUGGAAGCGCAGGACCAAUGAGGUUUGUGGUGAAUGAGGAUGAUCUUGUUUCCGGGGUCAUUGACACUUCUCUUAAAACCUAUGCCCGCGAAGGCCGCCUUCCAGUUCUUGGUUCUGACGUCAACGAUUUCAUUCUCCAUUGUGCUGAUGUGGGAUUCGAUGCUUUAAAUCCAGGGGAAUCAAUAGGUGCCCGUGGAGGGAGGAACUUUCUGCUGUGCAAGAAACAGAGGCAGCCACAGAUGACAGAAGCGAGGUCGGAGAUGAUAGCUAAAAAGCGAAGUGGGAGCUGGAAAGAAUGGCUUAACAAGUCCUUUAACAAAAGGAUAUUGACUCAUUAAGCUGUGUUUAUUAUAGGAGCAUCUACUUUCUUAUGAUAUGUUAGGUGUGUUCCACUAUGUCUGUCUCCUCACGCUUCAUGAUUGUGAUUGUGAAUGUGACCAUGCUUCCUAGCUUUGAUGCUUUUAUAGAGCAUAACGCAACAGUAAAUAAAAAUAAAAAGAUGUGUUCUCAACUAUGAAUUCCAGAAAAUAUGCCUUAGUCGUUAGACUUUGGUUUGCGUUUGCA